AUGUCAUUUUUUUCUAGCAUACUCUGUAAUACAAAAUAUGAAAACAUAAGCAAUGAAAUACAGUACUUGGGUCGAAAAAAACAUUAUAACAAUACUAAAUCGUUAAAUAUAUCAGAAAUAGGGACAUUUAAAAUAGUUAAGAUACUUUUAAAAGGGCUAUCAAAUACUGUAUGUUUGUGUGAAUGGGUAAUUGAUAAUACAGCAGCUUCAGUUUUGGGAAAAUAUGCAAAUUGUAUAAAUAACGAUUUAUUAAAGCUCAAUAAAAUAUAUAAAAAAUGUGAAGAAAAAAAUACAUUCCCUUUUAAAAGUAAUUAUAUUUCAAAAAUUUAUAAUAGUGUAAUUAAUCAGGUAAGCCCUGAAAUAACACAUGAUAAAAAUAAGACCGAUAAUAACGAGAUCCAUGAUUUUGAUAAUAAAAAGAGAGAAACAUUAUGUAAAGAACAAAAUAAGAACACACACUUAAAAUAUGAAAUAAUAAAAAAAAUUAACCUUUUUAUAAAUAAUAAUGAUUAUAAAAAAGAAAAUAAUACCAAAAUUAAAAACAAGAAAGAUCGAACCCUUGAUAAUAAUGGCCUAUAUAAAAAAAAUAUAAUACAACUUGUAGUGAAAAUAAAGCAUAAAGAAUUAUAUUCGAAAAUAAAUGAAUGUAAUAAAAUCACAGAAGUAGAAAUACAUAAAAAAUUAAAACAUUGCAAUAUAUUAAAUAUGAUAUUAAGUGCAGAAGAUGAAAAAUACAUUUGUGUAUUUUUAGAAUAUUCAUCAAUAGGAGACCUAUAUUCAUUUGUUGGUUUUAAUAUAUUGAAAGAAAAAGAAGUUAAAAUAAUUGUAAGCCAAAUUUUAUUUGCAUUAUAUUAUCUACAUAUCAAAGGAAUAAUACAUUGUGAUUUAAAACUAGAAAAUUUAUUGUUAUUUAAUUUUGAUGAAGAGUCUUUUUUAUUUGAAUCAAAUUUAUUAUCAGACAUAAAGAUGUGCCAUAUUAGUCAAUUUAAAAAAUUGAAUGCCAAAAAAUUAGUUCAUUCUAUUAAAGAAAAUAUAAAAAAUAAUCCUAAUAUUAAGGUAUUUAAAUAUAUAGUAAAAUUAUGUGAUUUUGGAUUAUCUGUAAAAUGUGAAUUUGAUAAAUUUUAUCCGUUCAAUGGAAUUAGGGGAAGUUACGGAUUUAUUGCUCCAGAAUUAUUUCAAGAAUGUAGUUUUAACAAUAAAAUUGAUAUGUGGGCAUUAGGAAUAAUUUCCUUUCUUUUAUUGGGAGGGUAUAAGCCAUUUUAUCCAUGCUCUCGAUUUGAGGAAAAGGUAAUAUUUCAUGAAAGAUAUUGGCAUAAUAUAUCACCCGAAGCAAAAAAUUUUAUUCAAUCACUAUUAGAGAUUGACCCCUUUAAAAGGAUGAAUGUAAUUGAAGCUAUGGACCAUCCUUGGAUAAGGAGUUAUUUUAUCGAUACGUAG